AAGACUGAUGUUUAAGAAGCAAUCCUAAAAGUAAUGUUGAACCUUUUGUAUCUUUAUUUCUUGGUAUAUGAGUACUCUUUAAAAUAAUUGAUAAUAAACCAAGGAGAAUAUAAACCAAGGCGGGGUAGUUAUGUCUAACCUUUAAUUUUCAUGACGAUUUUGCUAGAUUAGCUGGAUCAUUUAAAGCAAUAGCAAUUUGAUAAAAUUGAUCUGAGGCUUCAUAAAAUGUUGUAUUUAUAAAUGUUAGGUUGAGUAAUCGAUAGCCGAUCCUGUCAAUCUCAUCAGCGAUUUCCAGGUUGAAUAAACGACUGUCGAUGUAUCGUUCAAAACAGCACAGCAGUGGCCACCCGUUACCUGAGAAUACAGUCGAUUUUCAGUUGGAUAUUUUUGUGGAGGGAAAAAAUUCAACUUGGAAAGUAGUUAACAUGAUUUGGGUUUAUUAGAAGAAAUGUCAUUUUGGUGUCUGAAUGGCAAUUUCACGCAGAAAAUAUUCACUUUCGCUAACGACUCCCUUUCAUCGCGAACUGUCUCCAGUAGCUAGCCUGCCAGCUAGUCGACUGCCGUGCACAGCUGUUUGCUUAUGGAGAAAAUUGGACAAAGCUUUCGGAUGCGGGGCUCUUGUGGUGAACUGAAUGUUUAAUUUGCCUGUUAGUACGAUUAACUAAGUCAAGUAGUUAGCAAGCUAACUACAGAAAAAAAGAUUACUAGUUAACUAGAAGAGGGUGUGUGGAUCGAAGCAAACUGGCGAAAGUGCACCAGGAUCCGAAGAAAUUCCUGAUGCCAGUGAUGGCAAACGAGCCGAUAAUUUUGAACGUCUAUGAUAUGUACUGGAUCAACGAGUUCACCACCAAUCUGGGUAUUGGCGUCUUUCACUCAGGGAUCGAGAUCUACGGCAGAGAGUUUGCCUAUGGAGGACACCCAUAUCCAUUUUCAGGGAUAUUCGAGAUAACGCCAGGGGAUGCCACAGAACUCGGGGAGACAUUCAAAUUCAAAGAGGCCAUUGUUCUGGGCAGCACAGACUUCACAGAGGAGGAUGUGGAGCGCAUCAUGGAGGAGCUGGGGAAAGAGUACAAGGGAAACGCCUACCACCUCAUGCACAAGAACUGUAACCACUUCUCCUCAGCCCUGUCGGAGAUCCUGUGUGGCAGGGAGAUUCCGCGCUGGGUGAACCGGCUGGCCUACUUCAGCUCCUGUGUGCCCUUCCUGCAGAGCUGCCUUCCCAAGGAAUGGCUGACCCCGGCCGCCCUGCAGUCCAGUGUCAGCCAGGAGCUCCAGGGGGAGCUGGAGGAAGCAGAGGACGCCUCCGCCUCUCUGGCCUCCAUGAGCUCCAUGCCUUCCCCCUCCCUCUCCUCUCCUUCUCCCUCCAGGCUGCCCAGAGUUCCCCGACAUCAGCCACGCCGAUAGGACUAGUCUCAGGGUUCACCAUCGCCUUCAGUGACAGGCUCCGGCAGGGCCCCCCCACAUGGACAGGCUUACUGUACUGUACACCACUCUGCCAAUAGACACUACCCCAAACCCAACCCACCCCUACCCACCACCCCUGCCUACUGCGCUCCUGAUGAGACUUGCCAUCCACCAGCUGCAUUGAAGCCCCGCCUACACUGCCUUGACUGACAGACUUGAGGUAAUGGCUACAGGCUCAGAGUACUGUUGUUUUACACAUAGAAAAACAACAUUCAGAUCAUGUUUUGUCAUUUCUUCAUUUCUUGGCCUUUAUUUUAUAUACUCAGGACUCUGAAAAAUAUUUUAUAUGUUUUGCUUCUUUUGCUUUUCUGACACUUUCGUCAUCACUCUAUAUAGCAUUUUUAAUCCUCUUUUGUUUACAACCUGUUUGUGUGUGUAUGUUUUGAGUGUGUUUUACGAUUACCGAGAAGCUACCACCUGGGCCAAACUCCUCCACACUUUUCUUACAACACACACAGCUGAUGUCUACCCCCGUGGCAGCUGUGCCUGAAGAUUUUUACUGUACCUGCUCGUUGAGCUCUGCACUGUUUCUCUAUAGUUGACCUGUUUCUCUCUUUGUAAAGCAGCGGACUCCUUCUUAACCUAGAAUAUCUAACUUACUUUAGAUGUUUUCCACUGUUUUUAGAGUCUUCUGUGUAACUGAAAAUAUUUGUAUCCCAUUUUAAAGUUAUUAAAGAAAAAUAUAUGACGUA